CACGCCUCGAAAUUUUAAACCCUUCCGCCCAACUUUCCUUUCUCCACUCACUAAGAAUCGAGACAAUCAGUCCUACCAACACCAAAAACACAAGAUGGCCACCAAAUCCAAAGCCCGCGUAACCGCCUUUACCGACCUCCCCUCCAGCGAGGCCAAAUGGGUCAAACUCCAGAAAAUCGACUACAUCGACGCCAAAGGCGUCUCACGUGUGUGGGAAGUCGCCUCGCGCAAGACACGCGGUAAAGCCGGUGUCGACGCCGUAGCAAUGGGAAACAUAAUCUACCACCCCAGCAAACCCCCCUCCACAAUCGUGGUUCUGCAAUUCCGCCCACCCGUGGAAGCAACAACCGUCGAGUGGCCGGCAGGCCUCAUCGACGCGAAUGAGCAGCCCGAGGAAGCCGCUGUUCGAGAGUUGUAUGAAGAGACCGGGUACCGUGGCAAGGUAAUCAGUACGAGUCCGGCGGUGGCAGCAGACCCAGGAAUGACGAAUGCGAACAUGUGUUUGUGCAUGAUGGAGGUGCACUUGAAAGAGGGCGAGCCGGAGCCGGAGCAGCAUCUGGACGAAGGUGAGGAUAUUUUGCGGAUCAAUGUGCCGUUGGCGGAGUUGUAUGAGAGGCUGGAGGGAUGGGCGAAGGAGGGAUAUGUUAUUGCUGCGAAGCUGUAUCAUUGGGCGGCGGGCGUGCAGUAUGCGAUGGAUCAUCCUGAGUUGUUUAAGAAGAUUGAUCAGCCUGGUGCUGGGCCUUGACUUUAAGCCCGCUUGUAGUGGAGAACCAACAUCUGAAUGUACCUGAUGUUAUUGGGGCUGUGGAGCGUGGAGGCAUUCCGUGUUCUCCGAGUACGCUCGCAAAGACAUCACAUCAAUGCAUGGAAUGCGUUAGUGAUCUGUAGUGCACGGUGCUUAGUCUCAGAGGCAAUGUAGAACAGAACAGUAAAGUCACACGCAA